CGAAACGGUUGUGAGUGCGGAGCGAGACCACUGUAUCUGUCGGUGCACCACUGUGUGUGGUAUAACAACAAAGAUAAAUAGCGCAGAACUCGUGCUAGAGCCAAGGAGGAAGAUAUUCUAACUCAGCCGGAGUUUUUGUGGAUUACAAGCCGAAAAAUCCGGCCACUGUGAGUUCGAUUUAGUGUGUGUGCGUGUUAAGUGUUAAGAAGAAGCAGUCGCAAAGAGCGCGGCAAGCAAGAGAGUACGAGCGAGAGCAAAACGACAACGAAAAGAAAACGUGAGCACGUUUUCCAUGUGUGUGAAUGAUGUGUGAAAAUUCUGUCGAAUUCCCCAACAAAUUGUGCCCGCAGCCGCCGAGAUAAACCCCGAAAACCCGAAAGAAAAGCGCGUCUAUUUCAACGAGAAAAAAUCUUUCGAAUUAAAAAAAGCGAAGCCCAGCAAUCACAACAAAAAACCCAAACAACAACAGCAAAGAGCGCUCAAAAGAUACACAGCGUGCGAGAGCGAGCGAACGAGCGAGAAGAAGCAGCAGCAGGCAAAAGAGAGCGAAAAAAUGCAGAGUUCAGUGCACAAAAUGCAUUUAAACAAAACAAAAAUUCAAGGCAGCAAUUGAAACUCAUCGAACUAUAAGUCCCAACUGCCUCGCCGAGGCACUGCACAAAAGUAUCUGCUCCACAAAAAAGUAUCUGCCCAGAUUCCAUCCGGAAUCCGCAUCCACAUCCGUGCAUCUGCAUCCGAGGCCAGCGAAGAUAGCGCUAAAUAAUGGACCGCGACAGCCUCCCACGCGUCCCGGACACACACGGCGAUGUGGUCGAUGAGAAACUAUUCUCGGAUCUCUACAUACGCACCAGCUGGGUGGACGCCCAAGUGGCGCUCGACCAGAUCGAUAAGGGCAAGGCGCGUGGCAGCCGGACAGCGAUCUAUCUGCGAUCAGUAUUCCAGUCCCACCUCGAAACCCUCGGCAGCUCCGUGCAGAAGCAUGCGGGCAAGGUGCUCUUCGUGGCAAUCCUGGUGCUGAGCACCUUCUGCGUUGGUCUGAAGAGCGCCCAGAUUCACUCCAAGGUUCACCAGCUGUGGAUCCAAGAGGGCGGACGCCUGGAGGCAGAGCUGGCCUACACACAGAAGACAAUCGGCGAGGAUGAGUCUGCCACACAUCAGCUGCUCAUACAGACGACGCAUGAUCCCAAUGCCUCGGUUCUGCAUCCCCAGGCGCUACUGGCGCAUCUCGAUGUCCUGGUCAAGGCCACCGCCGUCAAGGUGCAUCUGUAUGACACGGAAUGGGGAUUGCGUGACAUGUGCAACAAGCCCAGUGCGCCAUCCUUCGAGGGCACCUACUACGUCGAGCAGAUCCUGCGUCAUCUCAUACCUUGCUCGAUUAUCACACCGCUGGAUUGCUUCUGGGAGGGCAGUCAGCUUCUGGGACCGGAAUCAGCAGUUGUUAUACCUGGCAUUGAACAAAGACUGCUGUGGACCACACUGAAUCCCAGCUCGGUGAUGCAAUACAUGAAACAGAAACUCAGCUUCGACUUUGAGACCGUCGAACAGUACAUGAAGCGGGCGGCCAUUGGCAGUGGUUACAUGGAGAAACCCUGCCUCAAUCCACAGAACCCCAAUUGUCCCAAUACGGCGCCCAAUAAGAACAGCAGCCAGCCACCGGAUGUGGGUGCCAUCCUCUCAGGUGGCUGCUACGGCUAUGCGGCCAAGUACAUGCACUGGCCGGAGGAGCUAAUUGUGGGUGGAGCAAAGCGGAACCGCAGCGGACACUUGAGGAAGGCCCAGGCCCUGCAGACGGUGGUGCAACUGAUGACAGAGAAGGAGAUGUACGAUCAGUGGUAUGACAACUACAAGGUACAUCAUCUGGGAUGGACCCAGGAGAAGGCCGCCGAGGUGCUCAAUGCCUGGCAGCGCAACUUCUCACGGGAAGUGGAGCAGCUACUCCGCAAGCAGUCAAGGAUUUCGGCCAACUACGACAUCUAUGUGUUCAGCUCGGCGGCUUUGGAUGACAUCCUGGCCAAGUUCUCGCAUCCCAGCGCCUUGUCCAUUGUGAUUGGAGUGGCAGUCACUGUGCUAUAUGCCUUUUGCACUCUCCUCCGCUGGCGGGAUCCCGUCCGGGGACAGAGCAGUGUCGGUGUGGCCGGUGUCCUGCUCAUGUGCUUCAGCACGGCAGCGGGUCUGGGCUUGAGCGCCCUCCUGGGCAUCGUCUUCAAUGCGGCCAGCACUCAGGUGGUGCCUUUCUUGGCCCUGGGACUGGGCGUCGAUCACAUCUUUAUGCUGACGGCUGCCUAUGCAGAGAGCAAUCGACGGGAGCAGACCAAGCUGAUCCUGAAGAAAGUGGGUCCCAGCAUCCUCUUUGGUGCCUGCAGCACGGCGGGAUCCUUCUUUGCGGCUGCCUUCAUUCCGGUGCCUGCCCUCAAGGUCUUCUGCCUGCAGGCUGCCAUUGUCAUGUGCUCCAAUUUGGCGGCGGCUUUGCUGGUUUUUCCUGCCAUGAUAUCGCUGGAUUUGCGACGACGCACUGCCGGACGAGCGGACAUCUUUUGCUGCUGUUUUCCCGUUUGGAAAGAGCAGCCCAAGGUGGCACCUCCUCCUCAAGGUCUGGCCCUGAAUAACAACAAUGGCGGAAGAGGAACCAGGCAUCAUCCGAAGGGUUGUAACAACAACAGGGUGCCAUUGCCGGCACAGAAUCCCCUGCUGGAGCAGAGGACGCAGGCUGGAGGUCGGACGGUCGGAAGCAGCAACUCACUGGCCUCCUUUUCGCUGGCCAACUUUGCCUUCGAGCACUACACGCCCUUCCUCAUGCGCAGCUGGGUUAAGUUCCUGGCUGUGAUGGGCUUCCUGGCUGCCUUAAUCUCCAGUUUGUAUGCCUCCACCCGGCUGCAGGAUGGCCUGGAUAUCAUCGACCUGGUGCCCAAGAGCAGCAGUGAGCACAAGUUCCUGGAUGCCCAGACGCGACUCUUUGGAUUCUACAGCAUGUACGCGGUGACCCAGGGCAACUUUGAGUAUCCCACGCAACAGCAGUUGCUAAGGGAUUACCAUGACUCCUUCGUCCGAGUGCCACAUGUGAUCAAGAACGAUAAUGGUGGAUUACCAGACUUUUGGCUUCUACUCUUCCGGGAAUGGCUGACCAAUUUGCAAAACACCUUUGAUGAGGAGAUUCGAGAUGGAAGGCUGACCAAGGAGUGCUGGUUUCCCAAUGCCAGCAGUGAUGCCAUUCUGGCCUACAAGCUCAUCGUGCAGACGGGACACGUGGACAAUCCAGUGGAUAAGGAUUUGGUGGUCACAAACCGACUGGUCAACUCCGAUGGCAUCAUUAAUCCCAAGGCAUUCUACAACUAUCUCUCAGCAUGGGCCACCAAUGAUGUCUUUGCUUAUGGAGCUUCUCAGGGUAAACUCUAUCCCGAACCUCGACAGUAUUUCCAUCAGCCCGCCGAAUACGACCUGAAAAUACCCAAGAGCCUGCCCUUGGUCUAUGCCCAGAUGCCAUUUUACCUGCACGGACUGACGGAUACCUCGCAAAUCAAGACUUUGAUUGGACACAUUCGGGAUCUGAGCGUCAAGUUCGAGGGCUUCGGACUGCCCAACUAUCCCUCGGGAAUUCCUUUCAUCUUCUGGGAGCAGUACAUGACCCUGCGAUCAUCCUUGGCCAUGAUCCUGGCCUGCGUUUUCCUAGCUGCUUUGGUAUUGGUCUCCCUGCUGCUGCUCUCCGUUUGGGCCGCCUUCCUGGUGAUCCUCAGUGUUCUGGCCUCACUGGCCCAGAUCUUUGGGGCCAUGACCUUGCUGGGCAUUAAGCUCUCGGCCAUACCCGCCGUCAUACUCAUCCUCAGCGUGGGCAUGAUGCUGUGCUUCAAUGUGCUGAUAUCACUGGGCUUCAUGACCUCCGUGGGCAAUCGUCAGCGUCGAGUUCAGCUGAGCAUGCAAAUGUCCUUGGGCCCGCUGGUCCAUGGCAUGCUGACCUCUGGAGUGGCGGUCUUCAUGCUCUCCACAUCGCCAUUUGAGUUUGUGAUCCGGCACUUCUGUUGGCUGUUGCUCGUGGUGCUCUGCGUGGGUGCCUGCAACAGCCUGGUGGUGUUCCCCAUCCUGCUGAGCAUGCUCGGUCCGGAGGCGGAGCUAGUGCCGCUGGAGCAUCCCGAUCGGAUAUCCACACCCUCGCCGCUGCCGGUGAGGAGCAGCAAGCGUUCCGGCAAGUCCUAUGUGGUGCAGGGAUCUCGAUCAUCCCGAGGCAGCUGCAAGUCCCAUCACCACCACAACUACAAGGAUGUGAAUGAUCCAUCGCUGACCACAAUCACCGAGGAGCCGCAGUCCUGGAAGUCCAGCAAUUCGUCCAUUCAAAUGCCCAACGACUGGAAUGCACCGCUCCCCAACUAUGGUGGCUAUCAUGGUGGAGGCGGUGCGGGAGGCAGGGAUUCCCGACCCGCCUCCUAUGCGGCACCGCCACCCGCCUAUCACAAGGCAGCCGCCCAGCAUCCGCAUCCCCACCCGCACCCCCAGCAGCAGCAGCAGCAGCAUCAGCAUCAGCAUCAGCAUCAACAGCCACCGCCUCCGUUUCCGGCGGCGACGGUAUAUCCGCCGGAACUGCAGAGCAUUGUGGUGCAGCCGGAGGUGACGGUGGAGACGACGCACUCGGACAGUAACACCACCAAGGUGACGGCCACGGCCAACAUCAAGGUGGAGCUGGUGACGCCCGGCCGGGCGGUGCGCAGCUAUAACUUUACGAGUUAGCACUAGCACUAGUUCCUGUAGCCAUUAGCCCGUUAGCUGUAAGCCUUAGUCCUAAGCCUUAACUCUAAAUGUAUCUGUAUCUGUAAUUGUAUCUGUAUCUAUAUAAUCGGUUUGUCCAGCAGGUCCGUGCGGGAUUGAAGUUUCAUGGAGUUGAUGGGAAAGUUGGAGGGAUACCAUUUCAAUUCUAUAAAAAUCUGUAAUUUAAUCAGAAUAUCAGCAUUUUGAGUUGUAAAAUUCAGUUUUAAAAUAUUUAAACAAGACGUGAGUUUAAUU